AGAUAUUCCGGGUUGGGGACGGGGAGGGGACUGCUUGUGAUCUCUAAGACUUCGUGAGGAGGAUUGGGGGCGAGAAAGCAGAAAGGCAGGCGUGCAUCGUUUUGGGUAGGGGUGUUGUUGCACAACUCUAGGUAGAUAGUCGAGUCAACGUGUAUCAAGCCACCACCAGAUCACACCUCCCCCCUCCCUCCCCUGUCUCGUGUUGUUUCCCAUUUCGGGCAUUCGCCACACGGUGACUGCACAAUGCAUGCAGGGUCCUCCGUAGGCGAAAUGAGUGCUCUGAAGCGAGAUCGCCACAGGGCUGUUUCUCACUCAGCACCUUCUUGGCGAUGUAUGCGGACCGAAGUCUUCGACGUCGCUGCAGCGCGUGCUCUGUCACAUCUCAUCUUGUGGAGAUCUGUGGCGCUAGACUGGGGUUGGGGGGAGAAGGCGUUGCGUAGAGUGUGUCGGGACUGGGGUUGGGGGGAGAAGGCGUUGCCUAGAGUGUGUCGGUGGAGCCCGGGGUGUUUUCGGGGUCCUUCGAGAAGGGGACUUGUGUGACGGUAGUGGGAGGGUGGAGGGGUUGAGGGGUCGGUCUUGCCGCGGGCGAGAAGUGAGAGGUUUACGGUUUGCUUGAGGCGGGGGGAUAUGGAGACAGGAUGGGAUUGAGACGGGAUCUGGAGGGUAUCUGGGGAUGAUCUAAAGCGAGGGAGUUUGAUCGAGAGGGGAUGAGAUGGGAGUACAGGAGCGGGUGGGGCAGGUCCAACAGAGAGAUGCUAGGGACGGCUCGCGCGGAGAUGGGAAGGGAAUCCGUGUUUUGCUCAAUUGGGGGCUGAAAGGUGAGGACCGGCGGUCUGUGGUGUCCAUGAUGAAUCAAUAGUUUUCGUUGUGGCAUGGGUAGUGGUCCGAAUGUUGGUUUUGAUAACUCGCGAUCCUCGAUUGGAAGCGCCUCUUCGACGGCAUUUAUUUCUUUGCAUUUAUAGCCGAAUUGUCGAUUUUCAGUCGAAGAUGAGUAAAAAGGGGAGCGUAUGUCAAUCGACGAUCGAUAGGGAUACCAAUUACCAAAUCACAUCCCCAGUCGCCCCUGGCACGUCGCGUCAAAAUCCCAUUGGCGCAUUAAGCGCUCGGUAACCGACCAGGCCGUACCGUAUUUCGGUCUCCAACCACCAACCACCAAUACGCUUUGCCAAAAGGAGAGGAUGGCCGCAGCUCAGGGCGUUUUUGACGGCCUUUAACGGACUCUCAUCAAUAUGACCCACGGUACUGGGAUUUCCAAUUCCAACACGAGAUUCGUGGCCUUGACCGUACGGCUUAGUGGCUCAGUGCUGAAGCGAAGUCACGAAGUAAGAGGUUUGGAGGCCUGGAUUGUCCAACAUGGGAAUUGGUCCUUGGGGUGACACAGCAGCCAUGAGUUCGGAGCCGAGAGUUGAGUCGAUUCCUGCUUUGACAUGAGGCCUUGCAGACCACCCUUCAACGGCAUUGGCAGCCACAAAAGGGCCGAUCAUCCUGGCAAUUGGCUGUCGUCCUCAGGACGGAGAAUACUCUAGUAAUGUUACUCCGAGAACCAACAACACUAAUCAGCAGAUGUGACAGUUUGUUGGUCAUUUCCAGGCUGUCGGUAAUUCUCAAGAUGACCCCGGAACCUGUGCGAUCACAUCACAAUCCUGUGUCAUGAUCCGGCGCGUAGGAGAUACGAUAAAGCGAUGCGAGAUAGUAGGCGCUGUGACAGUGGAGUUCAGGACGACGCCGAUUCACACGCUAUCUCAAUGUAACCGGGCUAUCAAACUGGCCUCGUAGUGCCGCGUUCGGCGCGUUCGGCGCGUUCGCGUUUGUUAGCGGUUCGGGCGGCAGUCUUUGAUCGUCCACGGCUACUCGCAGAUCAUCCAUCUCAUAUGACCAAGUGGCUGGGGGCGAGAUGUGAACACUGUGAGCGCUGCAUCCAUAUACAGGUAUGUCUUGAGCUUGCAUUAUUCUCCUGUUCGUAGUCGGAGCUAUGGGGGCCACUGCUUCGUUCGGUCCGUUUGACACAUUUCCCUCAGGGUUCCGGGAUGCAUGGAGAGGGAGAAGGCAGAAGAUGUGCAACGCCCCGGUCGAUCGUGAAAUCUGGCGGGCCGUCGCGGGGAGAAUACUGCCCGCGUUCCGUGCUGUAUGCGCACGCAAAGAUGCAAAAAGUACUCGAGUAUGCACUCAACCCUGGAUAGCAUUCCUGGUCGACUUAGUGCGUAUGGCUUGUCUGGCUGUUCACUUGGUGAGGAUUGCAUCCAAUCCAACCGAACCAAGAUCAAGAACCAACAUAGCUCCCCAUCGCAGCCACCAUGCCGUCGUGCCGUGCCUUCCUCCCCUUGCUCUCGUCGUCCUGCCACUUGGGUCUUUGGGUGCCCAUUUGCCACUCUUGAAUGCCACUUGGGGUGCCUGGACGUAUCGACAUGCACUUCCGGCAUCGUUCCAUACGAACAGUAUUGCGUUCUAGCUAUGGAAGGUACGCGGAAACGUAAUCUAUACUUCUGCGCUACUCAUCUGCUUCAUUAGACUUAAAGAGGCUGUCAUGCCCUUAAUUUCACUUCCCUCGCUCCUUCCUCCUCUCCACCGUUUAUUCUGUAUCGUCUGCCGCCCAUACCCCUUAUCAUUCAGCAGUCUCAGUAUCUUUACAAACCCGCUGCCGUCCUACCAAAAUCAGACGACACUAUCUCAACUACGUCUCACAAAGCCAGACCACACUGACUAUAUUACCACAUAUACGUUGUGUUGCCGUGUCUGAGAAGCUUCGCUCCCAACCGUAUCCUAAAAAACAAGAGUUCUUUCUUCUCUGAGCCUGCUUCUAUUGAUAUAUAUAUAUCUCACAUUUCCGUCUGCUUCAGCCUGCCGAGACCGCACCUGCCUUUUUCUCUUCGCCUGUGACUGGGUUUCACCUUCCAUCCGCAGAUCGUGUUAUUGCGCGGAACCUUCUCUCGAACGUUCCUUCCUUCCAUUCAACAACUCCAGUCGGACGCCAACAUAUAAGCCCUUCUUCCCCCCGAAUUCACUCUCCAUCCUCCAUAAUCACACAAAGAUCCAUCAACAAGUUAUUCGACACCUUUUCUGGCUGAUAGCUCACUAUCCUUCACCUCUUCUCUUUUUCGUUCGCUACUCACCGACAAUCUUCCCACAGUUCUUGUAAUCAUCAGAUUCUGAAUUGCUGCUCCCAACUCUAUCACCUUGUGGCUGUAGAUACAGCUCCAUUGUUGGCCAGCAUUAUUGUAAGAUCAUCUUUGGAACGUGCGAACAAAGUCUUAAGUUUGUUCUAAGUAGUAUUCUACUUACAAUCAUGUCGGUCCAACAGCUUCAACCAGCGACCGACAGUUCUUACAACAAUCAUGGUCCACUCAUGUACGCCCAGCAAGCUUCGCAGGCCCAAGCCUCUCGUGCUUCUCAAACCCAACCUGGGACCUACCUGGCUGCUGGAGCUUCUCAGAACGAUAUUGGCCUCCAGUCCAUGAUUGGUUCAUUUGCCCAAGCUCACAUCAGUGCUCCAAAUGGAACUAUCCCAGCUGCCUCAAAUACCAUCCCGGGAGUCAAUACUCCACAGUACUUCUUCUCGCAGGAUGGCCAGAUCUUUUGCAUGCCUUCUGCCAAUAUCUUCUCCACCCAGCCAGUUGCAACUGCUCAUCUGCAAGACGGCAGUUAUGCUGCAUAUGCCCCAGGCCUUACUUAUGCCACCCAAACCGGUUAUUCUGGCUACAUGCCCGGCUAUGCCAUGAUGCCCUAUGCACAGGCGCGUCAAGGCCAUCUGUCAGAUCGUCAGGGAGCCAUGCACAAGGACGUUCCUGGCCUUGAUAAUCGUCGAGGAUCCUACUCAACCAAUGAAUCUGCCCCCGGAACUCCAUUCUACGGCUCUCUGGGUCAUGGUGACCAUGGCACUGUUAUUGCCACUGUGGAUAGAUCUCCGAUCUACUCAACCCCAUCACCGCAGAUCCCACAUAACGUCAACGUGCCACAGGCUGGAAAACCUCUUCCAUACAAGGCUAUUCCAGUCAACUAUAACGUCGCCACACAUGACGAGAUAAUUCCAGAAGCCAUCGCAGCCGUGUUCACUCCGAAUGAGAGCAAGAGAUCUCUGGAACAGAGCUUGUCCAACCCCAUCUACGGCAACCGCAAUGUUUACAUUCGUGGGCUUCACCCAGAUACCAAUGAUGAGACCUUGGCAGCAUAUGCUAAUAUUUUCGGUCGUGUGGAGACUUCCAAGGCCAUCAUUGAUACCGGUACUGGGACUUGCAAAGGCUUCGGCUUUGCCAAAUACUUCGAUGUCCGUGAUUCUGAGAAUUGCAUUCGUGGAUUCUUUGUAAAGGGAUAUGAAGUUGGAUUUGCCAGGGAGUCGUUCAAUUCACGUUUGAAGGCAAAGGGCGAUCACAGCUCUACGAACUUGUACGUUUCAAACUUGCCAAAGACCAUGAAUGAGAUGGAGCUUGCUGCUACCUUCAUGGAUUACAAUGUGGUCUCGAGCAGAAUUUUGCACGAUUCUCAGGGCAACAGCCGCGGUGUUGGAUUUGCACGUUUCGAGAGCCGUGAAAUCUGCGAGGAGAUUAUCAGAGUGUACCACGGAACUGCUGUAGGCCAGGAGGGUCUUCUUAUGCAGGUCCGCUAUGCCGAUACGCCAGCGCAGAAAGACCUCAAGAAAAUCACGACUGAGAGACGCCAGUUCCGCACCACUGAGUACAACGUGAGUGCUUAUGGCAGCCCCGUGGAUAUUGCCAACCUCUCCCCUCCAAUGGCAUCCGCCGGGGUUACGUGCAUGGCUCAAAUAUCUGGCCACCUUCCCCAAUUGAAGAGUGCCGGGUCAUGGAAGAGACAUGGGUCUUCGGACAAUAAUGGGUCGUCUGAUGGAACUUCCGCUCCUGGUUCUGCAUUCAAGGACCUUGACAGCCGCGUUACACAGGCUACCCUUACACCACGCAAACAAGAGGGCUCCAAGCAACACGAUGAACGUUCCACCCCAACGGUCUCUGACGACGACUCGGCUGAUGAGGGCGCUACUAUUAAUUGUUUAUCUCCAGUUCGGGUUUGA